AUGAAGUCGGCCAGUGGCUGGGAGCGCAGUGGUUCCCGCGACGAGGGCCGCCGGGACGCGCGUCGGAGUCGGAGUCGUGGUCGCCGUAGCCGCAGUCGGAGUCGGAGUCGGAGUCGGAGCCGCGAAGCGUCCAAGCGGCGCCGGUACGACGACGACCGGCGGCCACCGCGCGACAUGGAUGGCAACUGGAAAGACCAGCAAACGAUGCAUCAAGGCGACGACGGGGGCCGCUCUACGUCGGGCCGACCGUCGCACGCGUCGUCGGACGGCCACGUAGAGCAGCCUCGUCACAUCGAGCCCACGUCGAGCCUCAUGCUCAAAGGUCUGCCGUUCGCGCUUACCAACGCCGAGCUCGUCAAUAUCCUCGCGCCCUUUGGACCGCAGUUUGUGCGCAUCAUCACCAACAAGGUCACGGGCGAGAGCCGCGGCUUUGCCUUUGUGGACUUUUCGAGCGUCGAGAGCGCCCAGUACGUCGUGCAGCACUACGCGACGGAGCCGCUCAUCAUCUUUGGCCGCGGCGUCGCCAUCGGGUACUCGGAGACGCCCAGGACAAAGUCGUCGUUUGCGCCGCCACUGCGCUGCGACUGGCUCUGCGAAAUGUGCCACGUGUCCAAUUUUGCCAAGCGCGUCGCGUGCUUCAAGUGCGGGUACCCCAAGUCGGAGCACUCGAUCGACGUGCCGCAAGGCGGGUUCGAGGCGCACAGCGGACCGUCGCACAUUCUCGUGGUGCGCGCGCUGCCGCCGACCGCGACCGAGACCGAGCUCGCGCAUCUCUUUGCCAACGCCGUCGGGCUCAAGGAAGUGCGCUUGGUGCGCGACCGCAGCACCAACGUCUCGCGCGGCUUUGGAUUUGCCGAGUUUGACUCUGUCGAACUGGCCUCGUCGGCCUUGGCCGCGCUCGGCCCCGAUGUCUUCUUUCUCGGCACGACCCUCCGCGUCGCGUUUGCGCAAGAGUCUGGCCACAUGGCGCCCCGUGCGUUUGGCAUGAGCGGUGGCAACGUGCAGGCACUUGUCGCAGCGGCGAUGGAGCAGGCGCAGUGGAGCAUGGGCACCCAGUACACGAGCCAGGGAGCCACCGCGAGCGCGCUGGAUGUCGACGCGCUGAUUGACAGCGCAGCGGCCGCCGUGCAGACGCCGGCGACGCCACGCAAGACAUGGCCGCUCUCGUUCGAAGAGGCUGGCGGCAGCUUUGUCUUUGUCGCGGAGAACGGGCUCUAUUACGACGCCGACAGUAUGUUUUACUACGACCCGAGCACCAAGACGUACUACAACAGCUACACGGGCGUCUACUACACGUACGAGGUGUCGAUGUUCCGCGUGUUUGAGCCGCCGGCUCCGCUCGACGACGCCCCCGUGCCGACGUCGAGCUCGGCGUCAACGAAGAAGAAGACCAAGGCCAAAGCUGCGCUCAACAUUUCGUUUGGCAUCAAGACGUCGGCGUCCAAGCCCUUGGGCGCGCCGGUCGCCUUGCCGCCGCAGCCGAUGCCAGCGUCAACGCUGCACACGGGAGCGGUCAAGAAGAAGCACGCGGAUGAAAUCGCCAAGUGGUCGCACCAGCAAUCGAUCGACCCGGCGACGGCGCCCGUGGCCGACGUGGCGCCCGUCGAGCCGUCUACACCGGCCGUGUGCUUGCUCUGCCGGCGCAAGUUCAAUUCGCACGCGCAGCUUCAAAAGCACGAACAGCUCUCGGACCUCCACAAGCAAAACGUGCUCAAAGCCAAGCAAGCUGCCGUGCUCGUGCGCGAACGGGUCGUGGAGCGGGGCGAGCCGAUCUCGACGCCCGCACCCAUAGUUACCGAGGUUUCCCACGUGGACAAGCCUCUCGACGACGCCUCCAACAUUGGCGGGAAGAUGCUCAAGAUGAUGGGCUGGAAGGCCGGCGAGGGCCUCGGCAAGCUUGGGACGGGAAUCACGGCGCCGAUCGCGACCGUCGGCCAGAUCACGGGCGAUACGUCCGGCUUGGGCGGCACCUCGCUCGCGUCCAACCCGUCGGUGCUGGCCGCGUCGACGCAGCGCGAGAAGAUUAGUCAUCUGACGCGCGCCCGCUUCGAGCGCCUCGACAAGCACGCGUAA